CCUGUUGCUUCGAUCAAUACGCUUGCGUCCGCUCGCGUAGAAAGGAAGGCAACGUGACAUAUUGUUCGUCUCUGACCGUCUCGUUUGGCCUAAAGUUAAGAGACCGUUUGGCAUUGCAACUCUCCGAAAAGCUCAGCCGCACCUGGAACUGGAAGCAGUAGGUCUAGUUUUCAGCCGGCAGGCUUUUCGUUCCAGCGCGGGUAAGCACCAGUCGCUAGUCCUUGAUUGAGGAUUCGGUGGCGGGAGACUUCUUUAGUGGGUGGAAGAUGUUGAUGUUGGGAGAGAAGCGCCGUCGAUAGGGUAGUGGAUGGUAGGCGGCCCUCAGCGUACUCCUCCAGCAGCACUUGUCUACGAAGGGCUCUCCAGACGCUUUUCUGUUUUCCUGUGCCUUUUAACACCGCGGGAGGAGGAACCGCUGCUGGGCCAUUCCCCUCUCCACCCGUCGGCCAUCAUGAAGGCUACCGUCGCCUCGUCAGCAGCGAAACAGAUGCUUAGACCCCAUAAACAUUCGAUCAAGUUGUGAUAUAAGUGACCCAUAUGGGCUUUCAUCUUCGAGAUCAGUCCAUCGGGGUUGAAGUGUCGUUUAGCAGAACCUAGGUAGUGUGAUUUAGGAGUUCAAGCUCCUAGAUUAUUCUAGUGAAUGUUAGAUAAUACCUAGUGUUAAUUUUUCAGAUGCUAGGACGAUUCUAGAGGACCUAGAGCAGUGCCAUUAGACACCGAGUAUGUCAUUGCCCCAAAACACUAGUACGAUGGUACUAAUACACAGAACAGUUAUUGUUCAGGGCAUCAUCGUCCUAGGAAGUCUUCUUCUCCCCUUCUGAGGAGAGGAAUGUGUGCGGGGGACUACAAGAAGUGAAAAGAGAGGAAACCAUCUGAUCCACCCACUCUCUCUUUCUCUCUCUCUCUCUCCUACACUUUUUUCCCCACGCAACCUGCCAGGCCGCCGCCAGUCCUAUGGUAGCCCCCGCGAGUACUUGAAGGAGCGGUUGAAGGGGAGAUACCAACUUAGGCCUUAGCAGUCGGAGGGAGGAGGACGCCCUUCUGCCAAAGCUCAUCCUCAUGUUUGACGGAACGACGCCCGACGUCGUCACGCCCGAAGUGAUGCCGCCCGACGCCAGGAGGUACAGCAUGCUGGAGCAGGCCAUCGCGAUGGCAGGCGCCCUCAGCGACGAGCCUGACUUCUCCACCUUCGAGAACAAGACCGGUCUCGCCGAGGACAUGAAGUUCCUGGCGUCUAUGCCCGAGCUUUGCGACGUCACUUUCCUGGUGGGGGACACCAGGGAACCGGUGUGCGCCGUGAAGGCGGUUUUGGCUGCUCGCAGCAGGGUGUUCCACAAGAUGCUCUACAAUUCCUACUCUCCUCAGAAGAAGAAGGAGCCAAUGAGCAGAGAGAAGAAGAUCAAACUUUUCCUCAAGAGAUCGUCCGAACCUCUCAUGAACCUCCAGGGCCAACCCCAGGGGAGACAAGGACGCACCGGCUAUACGCACAAACUGGACACCAUCCCUGAGCCACAGGGAAAUGUCCACCAGACGCUUAUUGUGGAAGAGUUCGAACCUGACGUCUUUAGACAGCUCAUCGAGUACAUUCACACCGGCUGCGUCACUCUGCAGCCCCGUACGCUACUCGGACUGAUGAACGCUGCGGAUUACUAUGGCCUAGAUGAACUCAGAAAGGGAUGUUCAGGUUUCGUGCAAUGUUGCAUCAACGUCGACACCGUGUGUGCUCUGUUGGCUUCGGCUGAGAGAUACAUCCAAUACAAAUGCACAAAAUCUAUGGUUCAAAAGGUUUUAGAGUUUGUGGAUGAACAUGGUAACGAAGUGCUUAACCUGGGAUCAUUCACUCUUCUGCCGCAACAUGUGGUCCGUCUCAUCAUGGCCCGAGAGGAGCUGAAGGCCGAUGAGUUUACCAAGUUUCAGGCAGGACUCAUGUGGUCCAAGAAACAUUGCGACAACCAGCCCAACACCGACUUGAAGGAGGUCAUAGGGAACUUCCUGGAGUACAUACAAUUCUACAAGAUCCCAGCCAACAUCCUGAUGAAGGAGAUACACCCGUUAGGCUUAGUGCCAUACCACAUCAUCAUGAACGCCUUAGCCUACCAGUCGGGAUCCCCAGAACCACUCGACUAUUCUCCAUGAACAAUUCUCCAUGAACAAUUCUCCUUGAGCAAUUCUCCAUGAUUAAUAAAGAGAGAAAGAAAGAAUCAGUGCAAAAAACAAAGAAUCUUUCCAAGUCUUCCCAGCGGAAACAAGUGAAACAUCUUUCCAUCAUCCUACUCAUCUUCUGCUUCUUCAUUUUCAUCUCAGAAAUGGACCUUUGUUGCAAAUCACUGAGCAGGAAUCAAAGCUCUGAUCUUAUCUGAAUGCAUAAGAUAGAAAUUUUACUAGAGCCAAUGAUGAAUUCAAUCUGAAACUGACUACGUAAAUUUGAAACGUUUACUGGGAAAACUAUCAGCACUGCAGUUUUUUUUAGUGAUUGUCAAGUUUUUUUGGUUGUUUUAUGGUUUCAGACAUCUGCAUACCCAUACGUGUAUUCUAGACUGCAGAUGUAUAUGUCUUGAUAACAUCUGGUCAAAAAGAUAAAAUGUUCUUAGAGAAAUAGAGCAUUCCUCGAGGAAAUGAAACCAGAUGUUCAGAGUGACUGUUGUAACACUGUGUACCCUUUCAUACCAAAGCCCCUUUCCAGAGAAGUGGUACCUAUGUAGCUUUUAAUGCUGAAACAUUGACUCCUUGUGCUGGGAACCUUCUUCGCCUGCAAUAGAGUAAAUCAGUAUGCAUUUUGUUUGCCUGAAUGCAAUCUUGCCUUAACCAAGCUACAACAGAUUAUAAGUUAGGCUGGUCACAUCCCUGCUUUCCUGGCCUUGCUCUUGAGGGGCUUGUCAUAGCUCCUACACCACCCUAGUAGGCAUGGUGUGUAUAAGUGGAGCUUCAUGAGAAAACGGGAAACGUCAAAGUUCCAUGUUCAGAACAGUGCUUUAUGAAGAAUAUGGGUGAUGAGUGAGUACGCAUUUCCCUUCCUGACCCCUUGCUCCUAAAUGGAAUCUCAGCCUAAGCUUGACCAGACAAAAAUGACCAACUGAAUAUCUGAUGAUUUUGAAAUAAGUUGAUGUGAUGUGUUUUUCAGUCCCUUCUUAUGCUUCCUUUUAUAUACGAGUUUUGAGCAAAUGUCCCUAUAAAAGUAUUGACCAAUUUUCGUUAUAAAUCUAGAUGGAUUUUGCUUAAUUGCUACUGCCUCUUUUGACUAGAGAAACUAGAAGAAGCUGGACUUCUUGUAGCUCAUGAAUGUUUGAAGUAUUUUGAGUUAAAACAAGCACCCACACACCUUCAUUGUGACUUCAACCGACCAGAGCUUAACUACCCCUGAAGAACUGCCAGUAGGCAGAAGUUUGCAACACCUUCAAAAGCAGACAUUAAGCCCUCAGUUAUAGAAUACCUAACACAGAAUCACUUUCCAAGUGUUACCCUGCUACAAUACUCUGUAUCAGUUAGAAUAUGCAUUUUUACCAGUGAACCAUAUCUUACUCUACCCAAGAAUUUAACUAAAGCUCAGGUUUGGCAACUGUAAAUGCUGAGUAACUUCCUUCCAUAAUGCUUGAGGUGUUGCCCCUUUUUGGAGAAACCCGUAUACCUACAAUGUACCUGUUCAUGCUGAAUUAUAUAUUGUAUUCUGAGGCUUUUGAUACAAGUAGUACUAGCUCAUACUUUCUCUGUUUGGGAUAUUAAACGAAGUCUUCUCUGAUGUUAGUGGCAUCCGCAUUGUUGGUCAUUCAUUUAAGGCCACAGUGGUAAAAUCUAGUAUGGCCGAUGUCAUAUCUGCUUCAAAGUUAAUUGUUGCAGCUAUAAGGAAGAACCUGCUGAUAUGAUUAUAUCGAAGUCAUAUUUCUCUUUUUGGACCUCUAGCUGACGGCUGAUGGCUAUGCAAUCGUUGUAGAGUCCAUUUAUGCCAGAAAAUUUUCCAGCAAAACCUGACCUAAGUUAAGUAUGAGAAGUCUCAUAACACCAGUUCUUAAUGUAAAUUAGAAUUAAACCAUUAUUCUUUAAAAAAUAUAUAUAUAGAAAAAGGCAUUUGAGGAAAUUAGAAGUAUUGCUAUUCCAGAUCACCCUCAGCCACUGACAAUUACUAACUAGAGUACCGUAACGAACUUCAAAACCUAGUCUAACAAUGAAGCCAUAUUGUGUCUAACCAAUCCAAAUUAUUUCAGAACUGUGUGGCAAUCGUUAGAUAAAUAACUGAUGCUGCUUGACAAUGGUUGAUCAAGGUUUAUUAUUAAUAAAAUAAAAUUGUUUCCAAAUUCUCUAUUCAAAUAUUUAAACAUGGCACAGACUUGGGUGCCCUAGACUUUUGUGCAUCGGAGGGAUUCUGCUGCUCAGCUGCCGGGCCGACUUUGGUCUAACAUAGAAUCUUAACUGAGUGACCAACUUGCCAAUCUAUUGUAAUCUAAGACUGAUAAUUUUAAUGACUUUGGGAAGCCUUCUUCGCCCUAGCCCGGACAAGAUGAUGUGAAUGUUGCAGAUGUUUUUUUUGUAUUUAUAGUCCUCAGUCUGGUAUAAUUUGAAUGAAUUAUGCAAAAAUAUAAGGAAAUUGGUAGUAAUUCAGACUGUGAUUGUGUCAGACUUAAUACCCUCUUUGAAUACUUAUUAGCUGUCAAGUAUUUAUCAUCACAUUCUCUUAAUACUGCAUUUGCCUUUUUGGAUAGAGAUAUUUCUAUAUUUUAUUCAGAUAUUCUCUCCAUUUACCCGUGUCUUUUUUAUAUAGAGGUACUUCUGUUUUUUCUCUUGUCUCAACAAAAAUUUUUAAUUUUUUUUCCUACAAGAUUUUGCCUUAGCAUUUUGUAAGUUUUUGUUCUAUGUGAUGUUGACCUUUUUUUUUUAAAUUGAUGUUUUGAAUUCCAAUUGUGUAUUUUGGAGCUUAUUUUUCGUCAACUAAAAUUCUUAAGGUUUAUUGUUAAGGACAACUUUAAAGGUUAGACGUCUGUGUCGAUUUGUAAAGGGACGUUUAGACUCUGUCAAACCAAAUUAGAUUAAGAACACAGAUUCUUUUUUAUGAAUUUCCUUCACUUUCUCACUUUUUUCUACACAACCAAAGUUCUUCUGAAGUUCUGUUAGAUGUUGCUGGACUUUUAAAUGAUCAAAUAUGCAAUGGAAAGUAUUCAUGUUAAUGUGUGGAAAUUGACGCCAUGCGAAUGAGCAACGUAACCCGUUGUACUCCCAGUGUAUAGUAGUCUCACCAUUUAUUCCUCGUGUUUCCCCUGUCAAUGAUUAUUUUGCAUUUGUGUUAGUUACCUGAAUACAUCUGUGAUUAUGUAAUUGUUAUUUGAAUAAAUCUAUUGAUUUUU